UGCACCAGACAGAACUGUUUUGUAUUCGGUUAUGUCUUUCACUUUGUUAUUUUGUAUUUUCGUGUUCAGUGUCUUUUCAUAAAAAAUUAAGAACACUUAGCACGCUGCACAUUGGUCCGAUCUGUCAUACUCCUCGUCAGAGGAAGACUAAUUUCGUUACAUUUUGAAAUGUUGUUAAUACAUAUCACCUGGGAGCAUGGAGCAGCAGUGUGCAGAGUUUUCCUUUCUGUUUUCCAUGAGUUUGCCUACAACUCCAGCACCUGUGGAAAGUACCUGGAUCAGGACCCAGCAACAUCCGACACCUCUGAGGCCGACUCUGACACGAGAGAAGGUGAGACGGUGGCCAUGAACUACAAGCCCUCCCCACUGCAAGUGAAAAUAGGAAGGACUCCCCGGAUGACAAUGGGGUGACAGUUUCAUUCAUCUAUAUGAUGGAAUCUCCUGUGAUUGGAAGAGAAACAGAGAGAGCUGGCCAGGAAGGGAUCAGUAAAGAAUAGCCCCGUCAACCACCAACCAAAGAAGAACAACGUCAUGGCCAGAACACGUUUGGUGGUGCCAAACAAAGGCUACUCCUCUUUAGACCAGACCAGCCCGGAUGAGAAGCCCCUGGUAACACUGGACACAGACAGUGAUGAUGACUUUGACAUGUCUGGAUACUCCUCCGCCGAUGUGAGAUGUCUGAGGGACCAGCAGAUCAACCAGGAUCUCAACAUCCAUCUUCUGAAGGACGGUUACCGGCUCGACGAAAUCCCUGACGAUGAACAUCUGGAUCUGAUCCCGCCCAAAUCAGUCAACCCCACCUGCAUAUGCUGCCAAGCCACCACCUCCUCAGCCUGCCAGAUCCAAUAGUCCCUCCCACAAUAUACGCCAUGACUCCGCCCUCUGCAGUGAGCUCACCUCACCACUGGGGCGGCGACAGGGAGAAAGAAUGCAAUGAUCGGAGGGGGAGAAAAAAACAGAAGAAUAGGUCUAUUGGAAUUAGUGUGGAUAUAAAAACGGUGAAAAUGCACAAAAUAUGUACUCCUAUGGUAGGACAUGUGCGUACAUCUGUUUGUUAUGUUCCAGUGAGUUACUAGGUUUUUUUUGUC